AUGCACAAGAAUUUUUCCGAACUUCCGCGAAAAAGGCUAGAACAGGAGUUUGAGCUGAUUGAAGAUCCUGUGAAGAAGGCGGAAAAGGAAAAAAGCGUGCACGGUAAAAAAGAGAAACUGCAUGGGCCGCUUUUGCAGUGCGCUGGAAUUAUCUACGCUAUCUUUGUUUUUUCUUUUAUGCACAGAAGAAUAUAUUCUCUAUUUCUCUUAGUGAUUGGGAUUACCAUCUGCCUGGCAUGCAACCAUGCGUCUAUGAAAUCAAUUAUUUAUCAAUCAAAGACCAUCUUGGAGGUGGCAGAGAACACGCAGGGCGCACUGUGGAGUGUUUUUACUUCUGCCAUGUGGAUUUUCGCUGCCUGCGUGAUGCGGGAGAUUUACACUCUUCUGUUCACUCUGUUUACCAACCAUACGCUGUACAAUGUCUCCACCUCUCUAUUCCGCAAUAGCAUCUACGCAAUAUCUCCCAUUGCGUCUGCGAGAAUAAACAGAGUGAUUGAUAGGGGAAACAGAGGGGUGCGAGAGCUUUUAACGAGGCUGCUUGUGAAGAUACUGGCAAACACAAUAACCUUGAUCAUAACAUAUGCAUAUCUGUUCAAAAUGGACUGGAUGUACGUGGCUGUAAUAACAGGAUUUAACGUGCUCUAUGUGGGUAUAAGUGCUGUUCUUCUGCGGAUGCGCAUGCGAAACAAGGUUCGUAUGAACAAGUGCGACGACCUAUACACGCAUAGCAUAAUAGAGUGCAUGUCAAACAAAGACUCAAUUUUAGUGAACAACACAGAGCAGAGAGAAGUGGCAGCCUUCAACGCCCACAUAAGAAACUUUCUGAAUCUUAUUUUCUACGACUGCAAUAUUGUUGCUGCUCUGAACGUGGUGCAGAAGUCCAUAUACACAGCGGUGCAUGUCUGCUUGAUGGCAUACAUCUGGAUGUAUGGAAAGCAGAAAAUGGAUGACAUUAUCAAGCUUAUGAUGCAUGUAAGAAAUAUGGACCACUGCCUGAUGGAGAUUGCCAUCUCUGCAAAGGAAGUUCUUGUGAACUAUGUGGACUGCAAGCUCUAUAUUGAGUACAUCACGGGCCUCUCAAUUAGAAUGGAGCUGCCUGCUGUCUCCCCGGACGACACAGCAAGCCACUUUGCAUAUGAGGACAGGGGAAGAGACCAGUAUGUGCAUGGCUACAGGGACAUGGCAAAUGAAAAUGAUGAGAACCGACAGGCAUAUAAUAGUGGCAUGCAAAGUGAGAUAGUGGAUGCAGGGUGCAUCUUCUCUGGAUCUGACAAACUAAUGGAGAAUGUUGCUAUUGAGUUCAGCAAUGUAAGCUGCACGCAAGAGAACUCUACUGAUGUCCUGAUUAAGAACUUCUCCUGCAAAAUAUUUGAGGGUGAGAAGGUGUGCAUUGUGGGAAAGAGCGGAAGUGGAAAGACAACACUCAUUCUUCUUUUGCUCAAGCAGAAAAGGUACACGGGGACAAUCAAGGUGCACGGUGUGGACAUCCAGAACAUGACCAAGAAGAUGAUUGUUGAGCAGGUCGGAAUUGUGCCCCAGGACUCAUCCCUCUUCAACAAUACAAUUAUGUACAACAUUGAGUACGGGUCUGGCCCGGGCAAUAAGGCUCUUUCGCAGGUGCUAAGCAGCAUGGAGAUUGAUGAGAUUGUAAGAACUAAGCAGGAAGGAUACGAAUACAAUGUGGGCGUGUCUGGAAAGAACCUUUCGGGCGGGGAGAAGCAGAAGGUGCGCCUGGCAAGAUGUCUUCUAAGAGAGACAGGCAUCAUCAUUUUAGAUGAGGCAACAUCUAAGCUGGAUUGUCUUGUAGAGAACAGAAUCAUCAAUAUGCUCUGUGCAACAGACAAGACUGUUAUUAUCAUCACACACUCGCCAAUAAUAGCGAGUGUGCUGGGAAGGAUAAUUGAAAUAAGCCCAGAAAGCACCUAG